CUUGGUUUCUGAACCGUUCAACAUGGACCUUGAAACUGCUGUGGACGUAGUUCAAGACUCUCGGAAGAGUGCGGCCCCGCAAGGUGUACAAGUUCUUGGUACGUACGACCAUAGGCAUCGUGUGAUUGGAGACAUAACCUAACACUAAGUUCUAGAGGACCAGCUACCCCCGAUUGGGUCGCACGAUGAUAUUUCUCCGACUCGUCCACAGGACAGGAUGGAUCCAGUAACAGCAAAGCUGAUAAGGAGACGCUCGUUCGCUAUUCCGGGAAAGGCUACCCGAAUGCAAUCGUUGGAUGGGCCAGGGAGUGUCAAAAUGAAACUGCGACUAGGCAAAAGGCACACAUUUCAGUUUGACCACGCCCCUUUCGGGCAUAGGGACAGAGAAAGGAUGACAGCGCCUUGGCUCGAGCCACACCGAGUCCAAACGCCCAGUGAAAUGGAGUAUUCCCACCUGGGGGCGCUUAAACGGGGUUCCCUAUUCGUCACGAACGGUGCUGCAUCCCCCGAUCCGAGUGUAAAAUCGAGGGUCUUGACUCCCGAGAAACUUCCUUCUCUGGGACCGAGCGAUGAGGAUUAUUUCACCGCAUCUGAAGGGCAUACAACCGGAGACGAGUUUGAUGGACAGGUAAUGCUCCAACAGCGGCGUCGAAAUCAACACCGGCGCCGUGCAAGCAGUCCGUUAAAGCAGGAUAUAUCUAUCAACAGUGGCCUUACGCAGAGGUUAGAGCGGUCCUCCACCUCUCCUAGUGCUCGGUUCCAGUCCUCUGUUGGAGGAACUUCUUUCGUAGACGGCUACAGAUCGGAGAUCUCGUCAGAUUCCUUUAGUGGCUCGCCGAAAUAUGAGAGGGUGGCCACUCCUCAGCAAGAGAACUCCCUUGCCGAUGAUCCCGAAACGUGUAACGAGCCUAACGGCGAGGUCAUGUUGGGCUAUGAUAACUCCGCACAUCAUCAUAGUAGGGACGAUGAGCCGUCAUCCGCACCGAGUACUUCACUUAUAACCGAAGAAGGAAGCAACCGCGAACUCAAUAGAGGAGAUAGUGGGAAAAGUACCGAAACUAACGCCGACUCAGGAUAUGCUUCAGGGGGUAGUAUCCUAGGUGUCGCCGACUCGAAAUCCAGAAACAAGGACUACUUCGAGUAUCAGAAGUCGAUUUCGAACCGGCUCAAUGACCAGCAUUCAUGGAGACCUGAUCGCGAGGAAAGCCUAGCACAGGCUGAUGCCAUUCACCAAAUGACGGAGCACCCGGGGAUUCCUGCCGAUUAUGCUGUGCAACCAAACCACAGUGCGUCUCCAGAGGAUGACAUAAUCGAAUCGAUUGAGCAUGGUUAUGAGCCGCUCAGACUCCAUAGGCCAUCAGUGCUCCGCUCUGCGUCCUGGAAGAAAGCCUUCCGGAAAAGCUACAGGAUUUCCGCCGAGCCGGCUCCAACGGUUGCAGUCGAAGCAAAAAGAGAACAAGGUAACCAGCCAUCCGUGCCGAAGCAGAAGAUAUUGCAAAAGGCUAGGUCCCAGGUCCUGGAGCCGACCAAUCUCCAUCUAGGACAUGACUAUUCUCGCGAUGCUAUCCCAUCCGUACCGAAGGAGGUCAGGGCCAGCUUUGCGAGGCGUCUAAGUGCAUCGCCAGGGAUGGGAUUUUUAUGCCGCACGUACGAUUCGACCGCACAUACCGAUGUGCACGAGAUUCGACGGAGUGCGUCACCGUUUAAUAUGCCGAUCCGUUUUCCCUCGCCUUCGCCCUCCGUGGAAUCGGGUUACGAUAUGCGGGAGGACAUCCCGGAGCCGCCAGAUCGCCCUCCUCAUCGCUAUCUAGGUCGGAUGCUGAGCGUGAAAGCGGAGAAGCUCAUGAGAAGGAAGUCAUAUGGUGCAGUGGAGCGCCGUCGGUCGAACCGACUCUCAUCCAUGGAAACCGAAUAUGCGGAUGUCGCGGACUUCGGUACGGUUGCGCACUCCCUUGGCGCAUCUCCAUAUGAUGUCGCGUCCUUGCCGCCCGCUGCCCGAAACCAUCCUCGCCCGUUAGCUUCGCAUCCAACGCACCCACACCAACUCGGUUCGGCCAUGGCUCGGCCUCGCUCGAUGGUCGAAAUGAAUGCGAGGGUCGCGUCCGAGUUUGCAAGGUUGCGAAGCCGGGAACGGGCCGCUCCGAUCGGUCGGAAUGCAAACCGUCCUCGGAGCUUUCACGACGCUGGUGCACACUCGAGUGUUGGCAGCUCUUAUUACGCCCAGGAUCCAACCCCGCCUGUGCCACCCCUUCCCGGUCCAUACAGCUGUGGUAAUGACAUGUAUCCGAAGACAAAUCUCGCGGUUCCAAAGGGAAAUACACAUGUGGCAUCGCAAUAUCGACCCAGCGGCCGCCCGUCGCCAUCACGACUGUGGUCCCCGAACCCCUGGGUGGUACCUCACGACGCCCACCUCCCUACUUCCGUUGCAGGGCACUCAAAACGACCACAUCCGCCUGCGGAAGCGCACAUUCUACCGUCAUGGGACCAGCAUUCGGAGCACCGGCAACAGUACCGGAAGCAUCUUCCAUCGACACGGCACCCUACCCGCAGCCCCUUGCCAAGUCCAUCUCUUUCUUCCGAAGGCGCGGCGUUCGAACCGUAUCCUUCGCGACGUCGGUCACACCACGAAGAUUCCCGGCAUGUCAUUCCGCCCACCCUCUCAGGCGGCACACACAAGGCAACGCUCAGUCCGUACGAUGAGCGUAGCGAUCGUCGGAACCCCGAUGCACGCUCGCGUGCUCGUUCCCGCGCUCGAUCGCCGAAGCCAGGUUCCAUGGAGCGGGCACCGUCACUGUCGCCCCACGGAUUCGGGAUGGCCGAUCGGUAUUCCGGCGGGCUGGACUACGGGUACGAACCGGGUUAUGGGGUGGGCGGGAGUGCGGGAACCAGGGGGUCUCCGGGGGUGAGUGAAGCGUCGCGGAAGAGUCGGGGGUACAUGCAGGAUUACGGUGUAGAUUUGAGCGACGUGCCGGUUGCGAUCUACUACGGCGGGCGAUGAGGACUGACGAGGCUGAAGGCUCUACUUGACGAUGGGAAUACUGGAGCGCUGCUUAGAAGCGGGACACGAAGCAUG